UGUAGCAAUGGACACACAGAAACUGAUCUACUUUUAUUUCUCAAUUGGAUUAACUUAUCAUGAAAUAGUGUGUUGCUUAGCUUUACAGCAUCAUAUUUUUCUGAGUGAACGUACAUUGAAAAGAAGACUUGCUGCUAUGAAUUUGUACAGGAGAAAAAACAUGUCUUCCAUAAUCAGUGUUUCUGACUUUCUCUCAACAUUAAUUGAAAAGGAUGGUAUGCAGAGUGGGUAUCGAUGGAUGUUCCAACGAUGUUUGCUAGCUGGAUUCAUAGUAUCUAGAAUGACAGUAGCAGGGCUUCUCUCUAUUCUUGAUCCAGAGGGGGUGGAAUUGAGAAAACGGAAAAGACUUCGUCGCAGGGAGUAUUAUGCCAAAGGACCUAAUUACUUGUGGCAUGUCGAUUCGUACGAUAAAUUAAAAAAUUAUGGGAUUUGCAUUAACGGUUGCAUUGAUGGCUACUCCAGGAAAAUUAUAUGGUGUGAAGUAACUUUUUCAAGUAGCGAUCCUCGUAUAAUAGCUGGACAUUUUAUAACAUCUAUAGAAAAACUUAGAGCAUGUCCAAAAAAAGUAAGAGGGGAUCGUGGAACAGAGAAUAAGAAUAUUGCAGAGAUGCAAAGUGUUCUUACGGACCAAGGUACGUUUAUUUAUGGACCAAGUACAGGUAACCAAAGAAUAGAGGCAUUUUGGCGACAUUUGCGGAUGGAAUGCUGUCAAUUUUGGAUUGAGUUUUUUGGACACUUAAGAGACAUUGGGAAAUACACAGGUGACAUCAUAGAUAAAAAUCUUGUCCAGUUGGUUUUCAUGGAAUUUGUGCAGAAAGAUAUAGAUGAAGCAGUAUCUGUCUGGAAUACUCAUCGGAUUCGUCCAACUAGAAAUGGAAACGUCCCAGCAGGCAAACCUUGUAUUCUUUAUUGUCUACCAGAAUUAGAAGGUACUAGAGAUUAUUCGAUACCACUAGAUCAACAUGUUCUCGAGGUCUGCAGAAACGAAUGCUCAUUUAACAAGAACACCCCAUCUGACCCCGACAUGCAUGAAUUUUUCAAAAUCUUGAUGGAAGAGAACUACAUAGCGUCGCCUAACUGUCUGGAAGAUGCCUGUAAUUUGUAUGUAACUCUUCGUAACCUGGCAAAUCGUGAAAUAUAUCAUUUAUAGACUUUUGCAAAGGCACCAAAACUUUACCG